UGCAAUAAUGGAUUAAAACAAACUUUACUUUGAUUCAAUUUCUCACGGAACAAUCUAGAACUAAGAAGAAACUUCUACCCAAUCCCAUUCUUACAAAAUCCACAAACCCUAACGCAGAAAAAAUAAUUCUUUCUACAAUUCAAAUCAAAUCAAAUCAAACGGGUCCACCUUCAUCGAUCAUCAAUGGCGGAACACUUAGCAUCAAUCUUCGGCACAGAGAAAGACAGAGUGAAUUGUCCAUUCUACUUCAAGAUCGGAGCAUGCCGACACGGCGAUCGAUGCUCCAGGCUCCACACGAAGCCAAGCAUCAGCCCUACCAUCCUGCUCUCCAAUAUGUACCAGCGUCCUGAUAUGAUUACCCCUGGAGUCGAUGUUCACGGCCAGCCUAUUGAUCCGCGUAGGAUUCAAGAUCACUUUGAAGAAUUCUAUGAGGAUUUGUUUGAAGAACUCUCUAAGUAUGGGGAUAUUGAAAGUCUUAACGUUUGUGAUAAUCUUGCUGAUCACAUGGUUGGUAAUGUGUAUGUUCAGUUCAGAGAGGAAGAACAUGCUGGAAAAGCUGUAAAGAAUCUCACUGGAAGAUUCUAUGCCGGUCGCCCGAUCAUUGUUGAUUUCUCUCCGGUGACAGACUUCCGUGAGGCUACUUGCAGGCAGUAUGAGGAGAAUACUUGCAACCGUGGUGGUUAUUGCAAUUUCAUGCACUUGAAAAGAAUUAGCAGGGAAUUGAGGCGCCAGUUGUUUGGAAAGCGCCAUGAUAGGCGCAGUAGGAGCCGGAGCAGGAGUCCUUACCGGCAUCGAAGUUAUGAGGAGAGGUCUCAUCGCAGCCCUCAUCGCAGCCGUAGCAGUAAGUAUGACGACAGAGACAGAGACAGAGACUAUCAUCAUGAAAGUGAUAGCAGGAGACGCAGGACCUCAAGUCCUGGACGGAGAAGGGGAAGGAGUCCCAGUCGCAGUCGAAGUCCUGUUGGAAGGAGGAAUCGUAGUCCAGUCAGGGAUGGUAGCGAGGAGAGACGUGCGAGAAUUGAGCAGUGGAAUAGAGAGAGGGAAGAGAAAGAACCCGCAAAUAAAGUUACUACUGAGGAAACUUAUAAUGGCAAUAACGGGCACUCACAAAAUGCUAGCAGAUAUCAUGAGAAUCAUCAGCAACAGCAAUCUCCUCAGGAGGGAUAUUGAUCUGUUUAUGUUACUGGUUCCGCCUACACUGUGGAAGGAUGUUUUAAUGGAUCUUUUAGGUAUAAUUUGGAGAUCUUGAGGAGCAGUUUCAACUGGGAAGUAAAAGUGUAAGGAUGAAAUUUUAGGUGAAGUCUUCUAUUUAGAGUUCUCUCAUGAUUGCAGGCAGAGGAAUAUGUUAGGAUGCUUUCUUAUUGUGUAAGCUUUAGAUGCUUAUUGGAGACUGAGUUUUGAACUCAUUUUUAUGUAUUUGGGUUGUGAAAUUGUUACUGAGGUUGUAGCUUUAGAUGCCUAUUGGAUAUUUAUAUAUUUUUCAUUGGAUUAUAAGCUGAUUGAAUAUUAUUCC